AUGGUCUCCUUCAAGUCUCUUCUGACCGCCGCCACCCUGGCCACCGCCGUUCUCGCCAUCCCUCAUGGUGGCCACGGCCAUAACAGCCACAAGCACCGCUCCACCCACGUCGCCUCCAAGCGCGGCUCUUCCUCCAAGCGUGGCGCUGCCUACAACUCUGUCUCCAGCGUCCACACGCUGACCUCCGGCUCCUCCGGCAACGGCACCGUCUCCUGGGCCUAUGACUGGAACAUGUACGCCGACGGCAGCCUUCCCAGCAACGUCGAAUACGUGCCCAUGCUGUGGGGCAGCAAGAUGUUUGGAGGUUGGUUGACCGCCAUCGAGACUGCCCUUGACAGCGGUAGCAAUUACAUCAUGGGAUUCAACGAGCCCGACGCCUCCUCCCAAGCCUCGAUGACUGCUUCCGAAGCCGCCAGCUCCUACAAGAAAUACAUCACUCCUUACUCUGGCAAGGCUAAGCUCGUUACCCCUGCCGUCACCAGCAGCAACACCGAAGGCGAGGGUCUCAGCUGGAUGAAGUCCUUCCUGUCCGAAUGCAGCGAGUGCGACAUGUCAGUGCUGGCAGUCCACUGGUACGGCACCUCGGCCGAUGAGUUCAAGUCCUUCGUGCAGGAGGCCAUGCAGGUGGCGGACGACAACGGACUGGACGAGACCUGGGUGACGGAGUUUGCCCUCACCAGCGGCGAAUCGGCCGGCAGCGAUGAGAGUUCAGCGGCGGACUUCCUCGACGAAGUUUUGCCGUGGUUGGAUAGCCAGAGUGGCGUGGGACGGUAUGCGUAUUACAUGUGUGCAGACGGCUAUCUGCUCAGCGGGGAAGAGUUGAGCUCCAGUGGAAAGGUCUACGUUGCAUAG